AUGGCGACCCCCGUUGGAGAAGAUAGUUGGCUCGACUACGUCGACGAAGAGACGAAGCGCGCAAAGGACCUCGAGGGCCGCGUCAAUGUCGUCGAGCUCUUCAAGCGGGCUGUACAAGCAGAGCCCAACAGCCUGAAAAUAUGGCUGGCCUACUGCGAGUACUACUGGUCCCUCUUCAUCGACUGCCAGACCAGCGAGGCCGGGUGGCCGGACGAGGAGCGCCAGAUGGGCCGUGAGCUCUUCACCUUCCCCUCCGCCCUGAGCCUCUGGAGCGACGGCUACGAGCCCAUCAAGUUCCGCCUCAAUGACAGCCACGAGUUCUGGGACCGAUGGGUCUCCAUCGAGCUCGAGCAGCUCUCGAGAACCCGCACUCCCGUCGGCGUCAAGCGCAUCUCCCAUCUCUUCCGCGACCGCCUCCAGAUCCCUCACGCCCGCUGGGACAACACCUCGCAGAUGUUCUCCAGCUUUCUCAGCGAGUACAACAACGCCGCAUACGAGACCGAGUUCAAGGAGAUCACUGCCAUCGCUCAGCCCGCCAAGGAUGCCUACCAAGCCCGCGAGCGCCGCGAGCUCGAACUCAACAAGUUCAGAAACUCCCGCGAUGACCAGGCCUACAAGAGCGCCAUGAAAGAGUAUCUCGACUGGGAAAUGGUCGAGACCAUCAUAAAGACCCCGCAAGACCCUGCAAUGCCCGUCGCGCUCGCCAUCGGGCUCUACAACCGCGCCCUCACCGGAGUCUUUGCCUUUGACGAUGUCAUCUGGACCAAUUACGUCGUCUACCUUUCCACCUUGCGCGACUCCGCCAAGGCUUCCCAGAUCCAGUAUCUCCUGCCUGACACCUUGAAUGUCCUUCAGCGCGCCACCUCUCAUUGCCCGGGCUCCGGGUCGCUGUGGUCUCGCUAUAUCCUCAGCGCCGAGGAGGCUGGCUGGGGAUUCCAGGAGGUCGAAUCAAUCAAGCAUGCUGCCACGACCAACGCAGCUGCUCUGGACAAGAACGGCAUGCCUGGCGUCAUUGACAUGUAUGCUGCUUGGUGUGGUUACCUCAAGCGCAGCGCUCUGAGCCCCAAUGCGGCAGAUGAUGCUGCCGAUGUGGCCGAGUUCGGCUUGGUCUCGGCGAUAGAAGAUGUUGGAAUCUGGGGCAGACGGCUGCACAGAGACGACUACCACGGCGACCCCAACUAUCGCGUUGAGCGCAUCUUGAUUCAGUUCCUCACCGAGAGGCGAGGUGAUAUCGACGGAGCACGAUCCAGGUGGAAGUCCAUGGCGGACAAGUCAUUGCACGGAAACAGCUACGACUUCUGGCUCAAUUAUUACCUGUGGGAGAUGAGAAUAUUCUCCUCUCAACCUCGUCAACGAAGCCCCACGCCUGCCACUCCUGCCAACGGCGCCACGUCGCUCAGUGUGCCUACAAUGGCCACCGAUGUACUGCUACGCGCCAUGCAGCAAAAGGAUAUCGACUGGCCGGAGCGUAUCAUGGAAGUCUGUCACCAGCACUGCAACGACUACGAACAAUCCCAGACUCUCCGUCGCGCCCUAGACUCCAUUCACAGGGCUCGCAGAAGAGUCGAGAAGCGUCGAGCACAUGAGAGAGAGCAAGCAGAGGCCGCCUACGCCGCGCAAGUCCAGGCUGUGCAGUUGGCGACACCAGGAGACGAAGACAGCCCCGGCAGUAAGAGGAAGCGUGACGAAGCCAUGGACGAGCAAGUGACGAGCAAGAGGCUGAAGAACGAGGAAGCCGCCACCGACGAGACCCUGAAACGGGACAGAGAGAACACCUCGGUUAUGGUCCGGUCUCUCCCAGCGGAUGCGACCAUUACUGCUCUGCGGAAAUAUUUCAAAGAAUAUGGCAGUGUCGUUAACAUAACUACCAAAAAGGGAAAGGGCGAUUUAUCCGCUCUCAUUGAGUUUGAAUCCCCCGACGAGAUGCGAUCGGCUUUGCUGAGGGACCAGAAGUAUUUCAGCGACAAUCAGAUUUCCGUCAAGGCAGGUACAGGUCUGACAAUUUAUGUGACCAACUACCCUCCGACAGCUGAUGAGAACUACAUUCGGAACCUCUUCAAGGAAUGUGGCGAGGUUUUCAGCAUUCGGUUCCCGUCAUUGAAGUUCAAUACCCACCGCCGCUUCUGUUACGUAUCGUUCGAGGACCAAGAAGGCGCAGCCAAGGCCACCCAGCUAGAUGGCAAGCUCAUAGAAGGCAAGUACAAGCUGCUUUCCAAGUACUCGAAUCCGGCCGGGAAGAAAAAGCGAGAAGGGGCUGUUGCUGAAGCCCGAGAGCUUCGAAUCAAGAACAUCAACCAGAAGACAACUGAGGACGAUCUGGGUGCAAUUUUUGGGCAUCAUGGAAAAGUUGAAUCGGUCAAAAUCUUAAAGAACCUCAAAGGUCAGAACAGAGGCACGGCUUUUGUUAUCAUGGAGAGCAAGGAAGAUGCCGAGAAGGCCGCGUUUUCUCUCAACAAUGCCCAGUUGGGCUCUAAUAUCAUCGAUGUCGAGGUCAGCAAAGAUACCAACUUCAAGCCAACUGCUUCGAACAAGGCUGCUUCGCCGGCACCGUCUUCGGUGGACGUGGAAAUGACAAAUGCCGAUUCGUCUAGUACGCCUUCCCGAGCCGAAAUCCAGGCACGAUCUAUGGCUGUCUUGAGUUUGCCUGACACAGUCAACGAUUCUCGCGUACGCGCUCUUGCUGAGCAGUAUGGGGACAUCGUUAAGAUCGUGCUACGACCAGACCGAGGAGGAGCUGUUAUCGAGUUCAAGGAGACUGCAACUGUGGGAAAGGCCAUGCUGGGUCUCAAUGGCCAUGAAAUUGCUCCUGGCGAGAAGCUCCGCACUGGUACGGUGGAUGAGCUGUUCAAGGACGGCAAGUCUCAAACCAAGCCAGUCUCCCAAUUCAUGCCGCCGACGGUAGUUCGAAGACCGGCAGUUGCAUCUGGCCAAAAACCAAAGCAACGGGUCGGAUUUGUGGCUGCAUCAAGUGCCGAGUCUGGCAAGACGGAGGUAAACGGUUCGGACAAUGCGUCCAAACCAAAGUCAAACGCCGAAUUUAAGGCGCUGUUCCUCGGCAAACAGCAAUAA